AGGUGGGAGGCUUACUGAGGGGACCGUGCUCGCUCACGCGUGCUCUGACUCGAGCGGCUCUUGGUUGUGUCACCGCGCUGCCUCUGCCUGCCUAAACGGUAUAAUUAGCCGGUUCCGAUCAGUCGUCCCCGGGCCAUUUCACAGAGUUCGUCUGCCCGUGCUUCCGUUCUCUCCGCCGAUAUCAGCGGCGGCUAUGUGUGAGUAAAAAGCCAGCCAGGCUCCCCGCAGCAGCAAGAGGUGUCUCCAGACAUGGACCGGAUAGGAGUGUCAUUCCUGGACCCGCUGGAUGACUACGAGCUAAUCCACAGGAUUGGGUGCGGCACCUACGGAGAUGUUUUCAAGGCUCGCAACAUCAGGACGUCUGAACUGGCAGCUAUCAAGAUUGUCAAGCUCGACUCAGGUGAUGACAUCACCCCCAUCCAGCAGGAGAUUACCAUGAUGAAGGAGUGCAAGCACAAAAACAUCGUGGCCUACUUCGGGAGCUACCACAGGUGCUGGGUGUUUUCUGAUGUGUGGAAUUCCUCGGAUUCUAUUAAUCAGACUCUUUUCCACAGUGACGGGCCCACUGAAGGAGAAGCAGAUAGCAUUUGUGUGCAGGGAAACUCUCCAGAGCAGCUCCAGUCGUGCCAGACCACUAAGUGCACUGUAGAUGUUCUGAAACUGCCUCUGCAGUAG